AUGCCCCAAGUCCCUGAGAACGGCUACAUCAUGUCUCUGUCUUCAGAUGUCCAAUGCGCUUUAUACUUCCUGUUGGCCUUCUACGUAUUGGGAGCAGUUUCUUGCCUCGUAUACUACGCAAAGGCAAACCCCGAGAGUGUACGCCGUAAUGUCCCCGAAGCCUUCUACUCUGACGGCUGCCUGGCACUGUUGCGGCCGAUUGUCUGCGGCGUUAUCCCGAGCCUGCUAUGGCCCGUCCUCCUCCUCGCACUCGCGGCGCUUGUAUUUAUAGUCAUGUGCGUCCAGCACUGCAAGAGAGCAAGCGAAGAUUGCGAUCGAUGGGCGGGAUUCCCUGUUUCUGGAAAGGGAGCGACGCGCGGUGGCGAUGUUGAGACGGGCAGCAGGGCGGAACAUACAAGAGAACCGUCGGCAAGCUUCGAGAUGGACGACAUUCCGAGAGGGCCUGAGGCUGCCUAUGUAAAGAUCUGA